GAAGAGGAGGAAGAAGAGGAAGAAGAAGAAGAAGCAGCUCGGUACACAACCCACCGACCCCACGAGAACUUCGGAGAAGUUGUUUUAAUCGGCCUGAACUGGGAGUAGAAAUAUUAAAAGAAUAACACUGACUUCUAAAAACAUCUCGAAACAAAACACUGCGGAUAAAUCCUCCACGAUAAGUGCGCGUCGCUGUCACCGUUGCGGCUCCAUGAGGACCGGUCACAGGGGCCGCCACCUGUCCGAGCUGGCCCCGAGUUGGCACGACGAGGACGAGGCUGUGGCCGCAGAAAACGCCCUCAGGGCGGCGAUAACCACCGCCGUGGACGCGCUCUGCGGCGCCUGCAGCCGCAGGGUGCGCGAGUGCCAGAGUACGGUGGCCGACAGGGACCGAGAGAUCGCGAGGCUGGAGGGCGAGCUGGAGAAAAGCGAGGUGAGGUGGUUGAGUCUGCAGUUGGGCUGCGGGCCCACUGAGGGGGAACCCCCCGCCCCGGGCACGUCCGAAGAGAGGGGGCCGCGCCACGGAGAGCACGGCAGCAGCUGGGAUGACGGAAGUGUAGGUGCGACGGCACCCACACACUUUUCCCCAGAGUGCCAUGACACAGACGAGGCACUUCCCCACCAACAUAACCCGACUGAGGAACCUUCCUGGGAGGCCGGAAGAGGAGCUGGAGACCAGCCCUUUGGAUGCCUCACCUCCCUGGUUAAAGAGGAAUCUUCUGACUUGGAGACGGACGUUAAAUGGGAAGAGUGUGAGAGGAGUUUGCUGGAUCAACAUGGAGCUGAAUAUCUGCAUGAGGAAACACCUGCAAAAGAAGGUGUCCUCUCCGCUCACAGCGACGCCGGCCACUCAGACAUGGAGGAGGAUUUCCUAAGCUCACCCCAAACCCUUCAGGAAACCCGGCGGGUCACCACGAGGCGAAGCAGACCCUCCGCUUCUCGAAGCCCCGUCUCCUCUCCGUCUGAUGGCGAGAGCUCCAGUUCCUUGAGACAACUGGGCAAUGACUGGCACCACCAUUUUCAAGUCUCUUGGAACAUGCUGCCAACUGCGUUAAGGAAGAAAUUAGACAACCAGGAGCGGCCAACGGCCAAGGAAAGGAGGGGAGUGAUUCGCAUCAUUGCAGCUGAAAUCCUCUUCGUUUGCCAAAACCCGUCAAAGAAGCACCUCGAGGAAGUUGCACGGAAGAUGGUCCUCGCGUAUCCAAAGUCGUUCAAGGACAUAAUGGAGGACGAAGUCGUUGGAAGUGGAUAUGAUUCUGUAACGAAACAACUUCAGUGCAGAGUUGAUAACUGCAAACGAAAGAAGACGCUGUGUCAGCAGAAAAGCACUUCGGGGGACGGCAGCAAUGGGGCGAAAAAUCCGAAGCGACAGAGGGCCUCCUACGGCUGCAUUCAGUGGGAAUCUGGGCCCGUGAAUGUGGAAGCCCAGAUGAAGAAGAAAAGACGCAUGCAAAUAAUGUUCCUGGAAAAUGAGGGCAAUGAAAAAAGAGUCGAGCAGUUGAUGUCGGACACUUUCGUAUCUCAGAGAAACGACAUACGGGCCGACAAGGACACGCGUGCCCUUAAGGAGGAGUGGCCCUACCUCUUCUCCCUGGUCGGCAUUAAGGCGCACUUCAGGCUUCUAACUGGUGUCGACGUCGACGAGAGAUUCGAGGAGGCCAUGGCCACAAAAUUUGCCAGAGUCCUCGACUAUUUUCGGUCGCGCAGAGCUGCAAGACGGAGGGCAGACAUCCCAGCUGCCGGUGGGCCCUGUGGGGCGGUGUUAAUGCUGCUCUCCCACUUCAAAGAGGAUUUUGAGAGGAUGUUCCACGUGUGGGACAGAACCUGCAUCGCCGAUGCGGUUCGGACAGAGCGCCUGCCACACACACCGUGCGUUGUUGCAUGCGGAGCGAGUCCGAUGUCUGCAGCAGCUUUCAUGCUGGCAGUGGACCGGGAGGUGAUCAUAGAAGACGUGGCGAGCUUCACCGACGCACUGGUCGGCAUGUUCGCCUGCUACUACGUCUUCAACCUGCGGUACCCAGCGGAGCUCGGGGCCACGAUGGAGUUUCUUCAAAGGUGCAUCUUCAAGAUCAAUCCAGACAAGGGCUCCAAAGUGGAGCGUCGGGAAAAGAAGAAGAGCAAUGUGGUGAACCCCAAAGUCCUGACCCUCAUCACCCGCAUUUCGGAGUUUGAGUGGAGCGCUUAAUGGGUGGGUAAUGUCCAGCAGCAGCUGCCCUGACUGAGAACCUGAGAUCCAGACAGAAGUCAAGAGCUCCAGGGAACUGGAUUCUGGCCCCCCCAAAGUUUCUGAAGGUUUCGAUAGUUUCAAGUCUCGCAAACACCAAAAGUAAGUUGGUACUGUACGUUUAGUUAGAAGUUCUGAUUUGUUUAGAUGUGCUAACACAGUAUACAAUAGAUUAUUAUCUGUUCAAAUGUUAACGUGCCACUUUUGAUACUGACCCAAUGUGUUUUGCAAUAAAAAUAACAAUGUGUUAGCAA